ACGGCUACCCUGCGGUAACUCUAAGCAAGAUGGAAAUACCUGUUAAGGAGCAGCUACUGCACAUUCUGGAGAAUCUGGGAGAGGUGGAGCUAAAGCAUUUCCACUGGUACCUUCAGAAUGCAACAAAAGGUGAUUUUCCAUCCAUCAAAAAGUGCCAUCUGGAGAAAGCAAACAGACUGGAAACUAUAGAUUUGAUGGUGCAGACAUAUACUACUGACCAUGUCAUUGAAGUAGCAAGGACAACUUUAAAGAACAUGAAUAAAGGAAAUUCCUCAGCCCAGGCAUAUUUAUCACUUUCAUCACAAGAAGUUCUUCAAAAAUGUCAGCCCAAACUGAAGGCUAGGCUAAAGGAGAAAUUCCAGUCUGUAUUUGAGGGGAUCGCUAAAGCAGGAAACCCAACCCUUCUGAGUCAGAUCUACACAGAGCUCUACAUCAUAGAGGGGGGGACUGCAGAAGUCAAUGAUGAACAUGAGGUCAGACAGAUUGAAACGGCAUCCAGGAAACCAGACAGACCAGAAACAACAAUCAGACAAGAAAACAUAUUUAAAGCAUCACCUGGAAGAGAUAAACCAAUCAGAACAGUGCUGACAAUGGGAGUGUCUGGCAUUGGAAAAACUGUUUUAACACAGAAAUUCACUCUAGACUGGGCUGAAGACAAAGUCAACCAAGAUAUCCACUUCAUGUUUCCUUUCACAUUCAGAGAGCUGAAUUUGCUGAAAAAGAAAAAGUUCAGCUUGGUGGAACUUGUUCAUCACUUCUUUACUGAAACCAAAGAAGCAGGAAUCUUUGAUGACUUCCAGGUUGUGUUCAUCUUUGAUGGGCUGGAUGAGUGUCGACUUCCUCUGAACUUUCAAAAAACUGAGACUGUGACUGAUGUCACACAGUCCACCUCAGUGGAUGUGCUCCUGACAAACCUCAUCAGAGGGAUCCUGCUUCCCUCUGCUCAUGUCUGGAUAACCACAAGACCUGCAGCAGCCUAUCAGAUCCCUUCUAAUUGUGUUGAAAGGGUGACAGAGGUCCGAGGGUUCACUGACACACAGAAGGAGGAGUACUUCAGGAAGAGAUUCACUGAUGAGGAGCAGACCAGCAGGAUCAUUUCCCACAUCAAGACAUCACGAAGUCUCUACAUCAUGUGCCACAUCCCAGUGUUCUGCUGGAUCACUGCUACAGUUCUGGAGGACAUGCUGAAAACCAGGGAGGGAGGACAGAUUCCUGUGACCCUGACUGAGAUGUACAUCCACUUCCUGGUGGUCCAAGCAAAAGUGAAGAAUGUCAAAUAUGAUGGAGGAGCUGAGAUGGAUCCACACUGGAGUCCAGAGAGCAGGACGAUGGUUGAGUUACUGGGAAAACUGGCUUUUGAGCAGCUACAGAAAAGUGACCUGAUCUUCUAUGAGUCAGACCUGGCAGAAUGUGACACUGAUAUCAGAGCAGCCUCAGUGUGCUCAGGAGUGUUCACACAGAUCUUUAAAGAGGAAAGAGGACUGUACCAGGACAAGGUGUUCUGCUUUGUCCAUCUGAGCAUUCAGGAGUUUCUGGCUGCUCUUCAUGUCCAUCUAACCUUUAUCAGCUCUUGUGUCAACCUGCUGGAAGAACAAAAAGCAACCUCAAAAUGGUCUAGAUUGUCACUAGGGAAAAAGAAUUUAAAAUAUCUCCACCAGAGUGCUGUGAACAAGGCCUUACAGAGUCCAAAUGGACACCUGGACUUGUUCCUCCGUUUCCUCUUGGGUCUUUCACUGCAGACUAAUCAGCGUCUGCUACAAGGCCUGUGGACACAGAAACGAAGUAGCUCACAGACCAAUCAGGAAACAGUACAGUAUAUCAAGAAGAAAAUUAGAAAGGAUCUGUCUGCUGAGAAAAGCAUCAAUCUGUUCCACUGUCUGAAUGAACUGAAUGAUUGUUCUCUAGUGGAGGAGAUCCAACAGUCCCUGAGUUCAGGAAGUCUCUCUACAGAUAAACUUUCUCCUGCUCAGUGGUCAGCUCUGGUCUUCAUCUUACUGUCAUCAGAAGAAGAUGUGGAUGUGUUUGACCUAAAGAAAUAUUCUGCUUCAGAAGAGGCUCUUUUGAGACUGCUGCCAGUGGUCAAAACCUCCAAAAAAGCUUUACUGAGUGGCUGUAACCUCUCAGAGAGAAGCUGUGAAGCUCUGUCCUCAGUUUUCAGUUCAAAGUCCUCCAAUCUGAGAGAGUUGGAUCUGAGUAACAAUGACCUACAGGAUUCAGGAGUAAAGCUUCUAUCUGCUGGAGUGAAUAGUCCAAACUUGAAACUGGAAACUCUCAGACUAAGUGGAUGUAACAUCUCAGAAAGAAGCUGUGAAGCUGUGUCCUCAUUUCUCAGUUCACAGCUGUCUAGUCUGAGAGAGAUUGACUUGAGUAAUAACAGCCUGCAAGAUUCAGGAAUGAAAAUUCUGUGUGCUGAAAGUCAGUACUGGAAACUGGAAACUUUCAGACUAAGGGUCUGUAACAUAUCAGAAGGAAGCUGUGAAGUUCUGUCCUCAGUUCUCAGCUCGCAGUCCUCUAAUCUGAGAGAGUUGGACGUGAGUUAUAACAGCCUGCAAGAUUCAGGAAUGAGGGUGCUGUCUGUUGGAAUGAUUUCCCCACAUUGUAAAGUGGUAACUCUCAGACUAAGCGGCUGUAACCUUACAGAGAGAAGCUGUGAAACUGUGUCCUCAAUUCUCAGCUCAGUACAUUCUAGUCUGAGAGAGCUAGACCUGAGUAACAACAACUUGCAGGAUUCAGGUGUAAAGCUUCUCUCUAUUGGAAUGAAAUGCCCACAGUGUAAAGUGGAAACUUUCAGUCUGAGUGGCUGUAACCUCUCACUGAGGUGCUGUGAAGCUCUGUCUGAAGUUCUCAGCUCACAGUCCUCUAGUCUGACAGAGCUGGACCUGAGUAAUAACAAUCUGCGGGACUCCGGAGUAACGCUUAUGUGUGCUGAAGUGGAGAGUCCACACUGGAAACUGGAAACUUUGAGACUGAGCAUCUGCAACCUGUCAGAGAAAAGCUGUGAAGCUCUGUCUUCACUUCUCAGCUCAGAGGCCCCUCGCCUGAGAGAGCUUGACUUGAGUAACAAUAACCUGCAGGAUUCAGGAGUAAAGCUAUUGUCUGUUGGAUUGCAGAGUCCACAUUGUACACUGGAAAUUAUUAGUCUGUCAGGUUGUUUGAUCACAGGGGAAGGCGGUAAUUCUCUGGUUUCAGCUCUCAGCUCCAACUCCUCCACUCUGAGAGAAGUGGAUGUGAGCCACAAUCAUCCAGGUGACUUGGGAAUUCUUUCAGAUGGACAAAAAGAUCUGGACACUCUCAGGGUGGAGCCUGCUGGAGUCCGUUGGUUGACACCAGGUCUGAAGAAGUAUUCCUGUCAACUCACAAUCGACACGAACACCGUAAACAGAAAACUCCAACUGUCUGACAACAACAGGAAGGUGACACAUGUCGAGGAGGUUCAGUCAUAUCCUGAUCAUCCAGACAGAUUUGAUGGUUGGCCUCAGCUGCUGUGCAAAGAUGGUCUCACUGGUCGCUGUUACUGGGAAGUCGAGUGGAGAGGAAAUGUUGAGAUAUCAGUGAGUUACAGAGGCAUCAGGGGGAGAAGAGGUGGGAUUGUCUCUGUUUUUGGAUUUAAUUAUCAGUCAUGGAGUCUGAGCUGCUCUGAGGAUGGUUGUCAGUUUGUCAGGCACAACAAGAUUAAAACACUCAUCUCCUCCUCCUCUGUCUCUAACAGAGUAGCAGUAUAUGUGGACUGUCCUGUUGGCACUCUGUCCUUCUACAGAGUCUCCUCUGAUACUCUGAUCCACCUCCACACCUUCAAAACCACAUUCACUGAAACUCUUUAUCCUGGGUUUACAGUCUUUCCUGGUUCCUCAGUGAGUCUAUGCCAAGUUUAGUUAGAACAACACUGUUGAACAGAUAGUUCAGUCUUUACAUGUCUGUCUCUUCCGCUCAACAUGUUUUCAGAUUCAUGCUGAUUGAUUCUUGUUGAUCAACCAGAUGAUAUUUUACAUCAUUAAAAAUGGAUGAUACGUUU